AUGAGUCAAUUAUCACCUCCUCUUGUUCUUGUUAAAAGUGAACAAAUUCCAAGAACACAGAACCAAAGAAUGAAAAAUUGGAAAUGCACAUUUCCUGAAUGUGAAGAAACGCCCAAAACAAGAUACAAUUGUUAUGCACAUAUUUGGGAUGCACAUUUACGGACAGAACUUAGUAAACCUGGAAAGAAUCCAAAGAAUUUAUUAUUAACAACGUUUAAGUUAUCUCCUCAAAAAGAUGAUAUUAAAAGAAUGUGUGAGGAUUAUAUGAUUAAGUUGAUAGAUAAAUAUCCACCAACAAAAAUUAAAAGAAAUCAAAUAAUAAAUAAUAAUGGUGGUGAUAAUGAUGGGAAAUCACAAUAUCCAUUUGCAUUUGAUCCUAAUUCAAAAUCAUUUGAUAAUGAAAUUCAUACUAAUUCAUCAUCAAAUAGUGUUAUUAAUAAUGAAAAUACACCGAGUCGAUCAAUAGAAAGUGUUCCAAUAUCAUCUUCUGGACCAUCUGUUGGAAUUGAUACAUCUGUUGGAAUUGAAAUGCAAGCAAUAAAACAAGACAUAGGUAUAAAUGAAAUGCCACAAAUUGUUCAAAUUCCAUCAAGGGGAGAUUACCAAAUAACAGCAGAAGAUUUCAUUAAGAUUGAAAAGAUUAAUGAAAAUCUCCGACAAUUACAUGUACUUGGAGAAAUAUUUGCAGAAAAUGGAUUUUUAGUACGGUCAGAUGCACGAAGUAAAACUGAUAUUGAAGAAAUACAUAAUUCUCUUAAUGGAAUUUUAUCUCUAGUAGGAGUAUCUUAUUCUUAUAAAAAAGAUUGUGAUAAUAAAAAAUAUGGAUUUAUUGCACAAGAAGUACAAAAGAUUUAUCCAGAAUUAGUAAAAGAAGAUGAUACAGGAAAAUUAACAGUAGAUUAUUUAGGAAUUAUUCCUCUUCUUGUUGAAGCAUUAAAAGAAAUACAUAAUAAUGCACAAGGAUUAAGAGAAAUAGAAGAAAUUAAUGGAGUAUCAAAUAGAGUUGAAUAUGCAAUUACACAUUUAGAAAAAAUAAUAUUUGAAAUGAAUUGUAAUAAUCCACAACGAGAAGAAAAAUCAAAAUUUAAUCAAUGGAAAAUACGUAUGAUACAUAUAUUUGGACCAAUAUCAUUUUUAAUAUUUAGUUGUUUAUUUAGUUCUAUUAUUACUAUAAUUAUUCCAAUUAUCUUUCCAUCAAUGUAUUUUUUAAUGGGAUUAACAGUAAUAUUAUGUAUUAUAUUAUGGAUUUUUGUAUUUAUUAAUAAAACAGAAGCAAUGAAUUUCUUAACAGCUAAAAAAGCAUUUUUUCCAAUAAGAAAUAAUAUUAAUUUUAAAUGGAGAUUAUCUCAAUACGUUACAUGGUAUAUUAUUUUUUCAUUAUUAAUAUCAAUGUUAAUGUUAUCUAUUAUCAUUGGAUAUCAUGUAAUAAUUAUUGUUAUUUGUUAUAUUAUUGGUGUUAUAAUAUCAUUAAUAAUAUGUUAUUUUAUUAAUAAAACAUCAUAUAGAUUUGGAUUUCCAUAUCAAUAUUCAUUUAUUGUUUUAUUAAUAUUUCAAGCUAUUUGUAUUGCAGCUAUGAUUCUUUGUACUGUAUAUCAACCAUUUUAUGAAGGAAAAAAAUUUGGAAAUAAUUCUCAAUAUAUAAUUCAUCUUUCAGAUAAUGUAGAAGUAAAUCAUGUAAUGAUGCCUCAAAUAUCAUGGAAUUGUUUUUCACCAAAAAUAAUUACUGAACCUUAUUUACCAAAUGGAUUAUCAUUUGAUAUUUCACAGAAAUUAUUUAGUUUAUCACAUCCUUUUCUUAUAGGAAUUCCACAAGGUGAUAUUGUUGAUUCAGUAGUUAAAGUUAGUCUUCAAUGUAAUGGUAUUGUACUUCUUGAUUAUCCAACAUUAACAUUCAAAACAUGUGCAAAAAAUACUGAUCCAGGAUUAUGUAGUAUUAAUUCAUGUGGUUAUUGUCGUUCAUCAACAUUAAGUUUUUGUGGGAUAUGUGGUGAUUAUUUUACAAAGCAAUGUCAAUCAGUUGCUGGUUUUUCUAAUUGUUAA